UGUUUGUCUUGUUUUGUGUCUAAUCCAUGCCUGAGUAAAAUAAGCGGACCUGUGUUGAAAGUGAUUUUGGUGGAGGAUUGGUUUGGUUGCUCCUCUUUUCUCGAACCCUGUCGUUGAAGAUUUGACUGUUUAUACAGCGUGUUGUGCAGAAACUGAACCAAGAAUGGACCCGCGGAAAUUGCACGAGUUGAAGGCCUUCGUGCAGCUGUGUGACUCAAAUCCUUCAAUAUUGCACCUGCCCGAGCUCGGUUUCCUACGGGCCUGGUUGGAAGGAAUGGGAGCUACAAUUCCAGAAGCCCCCCCAAAGGAUUCUUCGUGCAAGGGUGGGUGUCCAUGUGCUGGAGCUCCUCCCCCUGCCUCUGCUCCUGACCCCCAUGUCCCCUCUGAGAGUGAGGAGAGUGAACUAGAGAUUGACCAAGAUGGAGUGAUUGAGCCAGACACAGACGAACCCCAGGAGAUGGGAGAUUUUGAAAAUCUUGAAGUGACAGAAGAAAUGAUGGACCAGGCCAAUGACAAGAAAAUGGAGGCUAUUGAAGCAUUAGGAGAGGGUGACUUGCAGAAAGCCCUGGACCUGUUCACUGAGGCCAUCAAACUCAAUCCACGUGUAGCAAUCAUGUAUGCCAAGAGGGCUAGUGUCUACAUUCGGAUGCAGAAACCCAAUGCUGCUAAGAGGGACUGUGACAGAGCAAUAGAAAUUAACCCAGAUUCUGCACAGCCGUAUAAGUGGAGGGGAAAGGCUCACAAGUUGCUGGGGCACUGGGAGGAGGCAGCAAAGGACCUAGCCACCGCUUGUAAACUGGACUACGAUGAAGACGCCAGUGCCAUGCUGAAGGAAGUCCAGCCUAAGGCUAACAAAAUCAUUGAGCACCGGCGCAAGUAUGAGCGCAAGAGGGAGGAGCGGGAGAUCAGGGACAGGAAGGAGAGAGUCAAGAAAGCGAGGGAGGAGCAUGAGAAGGCUCAGAGGGAGGAGGAGGCCAGACAAGCAGCAGGCGGCGGCUUCCCAGGUUUCCCAGGGGCUGGAGGCUUCCCGGGCGGGGCUGGAGGCUUCCCGGGCGGGGCUGGAGGCUUCCCGGGCGGGGCUGGAGGCUUCCCGGGCGGGGCUGGAGGCUUCCCGGGCGGGGCUGGAGGCUUCCCGGGCGGGGCUGGAGGCUUCCCGGGCGGGGCUGGAGGUUCUCCAUUUGGAAUGCCUGGUCUGGGAGAGCUCUUUAAUGACCCAGAAGUGCUCAAUGCCAUGAAGGACCCUGAGGUGAUGGCGGCGUUCCAGGACGUAGCUGAGAACCCAGCCAACAUUUCCAAGUACCAGGGCAACCCUAAGGUCAUGGCCCUCAUCACCAAGCUGAGCGCUAAGUUUGGGAGCCCUUCACCCUAAUGUAGAAGAGUGGGCGAUUUGAAGAGGGCAGCAGGAGAAAGAACUUGAGCGGGGGGGGUUUACAAGUGGAUGUAGUCCGGUUUGUCGAGAAGCUUAUUUUAGAUUAUUCCACUGUGUAUGGAUCAAAUGGGUUAUGGUGGUAACGGCAGAUGGGGACAGAGGAGGAGAAGGGGAGGAAGAGGCGAAAGACAGACAUGCAGAACAUUUUACACUAGACAAUGGUUGGGGGGGGUGGGUCAACAGAUACUCUUGUGUUCUUAACUGGAGGCCAGCCUCCUCAAGGCAGUUAGUACUCAGUGGUUACAAGCAACCCAAUGGACACUGAUCAUUGGAAAACUACUGGUUAAUGUUGGGAUGAAAACAGCCAUCAUAAUUCAAAUUCCCAUUGACUUACUCUUAGCCACUUCAUCCCUUAAAUUCAUCCCUUAAAAUUAAACUCAACACUAGGAACCAGCACAGGAACAAUUUGAGACAUUGCUAUCUGGAGUUAUGGGUCAUCUUAGGUAUUUUGCACUGAUCCAAACAAAAUAAAAUUGAGGGGAUUUGCUGAUGUUUUUCUUGUUUAAAUUUGCUUUUUUGUAACAUGUU